AUGACGAAAUCAACGCACAAUGUGCCCGCCCGGCAACCCGACGAAAGAUCAUCAACAUCGGAUGAGAAGCCUGUCUCUGAACCUGCUCAUCAUAGCGACGAGACUUUCCCAUGCCCUGGAAUCAUGCACCGCCAUAUCGAACCUACUACCUAUAUGACACCCGACAGUCAUGGGACGCCUCCCUCCAUGUUGAGCAUGAGUGAGACGAGGGCAAUGCUGCCGCAACAUACGUAUAAUUACGAUCAGUAUCAUCCCAUGUCGCAACAAUUCGUCCCGACAGCUCACCCGCACGGAGUUGUGUAUCCAUUACAUUCAUUACCGUCAUACCCCGGCUCACCAAAUGCCGCCUCUUACAGCUAUCAAUUUUCCCAGGUAUAUCCUCAUUAUGUCCAAACCCAAAAUCAAAGCACGCCUCAUUCCCAUAAUUCUGCAUAUCACUCGCUGAAUGCUGCCCCGACUCACUUUGGGGUCCCGGUUAGCAGCCAAGCUGUCGGGCGUGGGCACAACCAUUAUUAUCAUCGGCAUCAACAGGUCCCGAAGCAAGCAUCCACCCUCUUGUAUCGUACGCCGACCCAGGUGGGAAUACACUCCUCUUCUGUGCUGCAAAAACCGGUUACCACGACCCAGCCACUUCCCGAGGCCAGGUCGCAAGUGUUGAGCACGGACUACGAUGUCUCCAAAACCAUUGUGGACGGGUCGACCCCUAUGAAGUCAGCGCCAAUCAAUUCUUCUUCUGCGGAUUCUACUUCGAUCCACCCAAAUCAGACCCCGUCGGUGACCCCAAUAGGACCAUCAAGGAAACCGAAACAGUCUGGCCACGCCUUGUGGGUUGGCAAUCUCCCCCCGGGUGCCACUAUCGUUGAUCUCAAGGACUACUUCUCUCGAGAUGCUACCAAGGAUGUGGAAAGCGUGUUUCUCAUAUCGAAGAGUAAUUGUGCCUUCAUUAACUAUAAAACGGAAUCAGCUUGCAAUACAGCACUAGAGAGAUUCAAUGAUUCCAGGUUUCACGGGGCACGUCUGGUCUGCCGACUGCGACGGGGUCCAAUGACCCCGGCCUCCAAUGUCGACCCCUCGGGACCCUCGACUCCCGUGCAGGAUGGCGACGGACGGACGGCCGCAGAUACCAGCGAGGGGACAAAGGCUAAUUCUGGCACUAAGGGCACCACCGGAAGCGAGCCAAGCUUCUGGGUUCCGAACCGAUACUUCAUCGUCAAGAGUCUUACCGUUGAAGACCUUGAGUUUAGCCGACACAGCGGGAUCUGGGCGACCCAGUCUCACAACGAAGACUGCUUGAAUCAAGCCUACGAGAGUGCAAAUAAUGUUUACCUUGUAUUCUCUGCCAACAAAUCCGGGGAAUACUACGGGUAUGCCAGAAUGAUAUCGCCGAUCCAGGACGACGAUGCCUUGACCCUGGCGAUGCCCUCUCGGGCUGACCAUGUCCAUCCGGAAUCCCCGAUAGUGGACAUGACACCGACCCCGGCGACGGAAACGGCGCCCACCGGGCGUAUCAUCAACGACGCUGCACGGGGCACCAUCUUUUGGGAGGCCGAUUCGUCUUCGGAUGAGGAGGAGGAUGCCAAGAGCGAGAGAAGUGCCGGCGAGGUCGUUGAAGAAACAUCAGAGCCGGGGUUUCAAUCGAUCGGCAGGCCAUUCCGGAUUCAGUGGCUGUCGACCGAGCGGGUUCCCUUCCACCGCACCAGAGGCUUGCGAAAUCCCUGGAAUGCUAACCGGGAGAUCAAAAUUGCCAGGGACGGGACGGAGAUUGAACCGAGCGUUGCAGGGCGACUGAUACAGCUCUUCCACCCUCCUCCCAGUGCUGGGUAG